GUUUGCUGGUCAGCUGAAGGGAGCCCUGCGCGACCUACACGCGCAGGGACAGCCCUUUGAGGUGACAUCGCCAGGGGCGCCAGCCUCUUGAGCCAGGGAGACUUUUUUUUUUGAACAUCGGCCCUAACCAAGUUCAUUAUCAGUUGAGGUGUUUGUUUCGUUUCGCAGUCGCAGCCUGUGGAUCUUGCGCAGGUCUCCCUGGGCGACCUGCGGUGGCCGGCGGGCGCCUGUGACCUCCGUGCGGGCGCCCUCGGGCCCUGGGUGCCCCGCGCCUGGCGCCUGGCUCUCGGGGUGGGCGGCCCGCCUGGCUGUUGUGUAAGGGGAGCCGUGUUCAUGUUCCUGAGCAUGUCGCCGAAGGAUCCGUGCCAGAAACAAGCGUGCGAGCUGCAGAAGUGCCUGCAGGCCAACAACUACCUGGAGGCCAGGUGUCAGGCCGUCCUGCAGGAGCUGCGGAAGUGCUGUGCUCGGUUUCCCAAGGGGAGAUCUGCGGUGUGUUCGGGAUUUGAAAAGGAAGAGGAGGAAAGCCUGAGACUGAAGUCGACGCCGGAGUGAAGUUCCUGGAAGUUAAACCCUGCUCCCAGAUUCCACGAAGCGAGUUUGAUUUCUCCUCCUCCUUUGGGCCAGGUACAGCAAACAGCACAGGGGAGAGUCAGCGAUAAGAAUAUGCGGUCCAUGCAGAGCAGAAAGAAACCUAUUAAAAGAUGUGUACAAUGUAAUAAAACUAACCCCGGAUAAACCUGUUUACGUGGAAAUUUAUUUUGGUAUUGAAUGCAUUUUAAGAAGAAAAAAACUUGUCAUCCAUUCGUUCAGUCUGUGUAAUUCCUGUUCCACUAGAUGUUGGGUUAGCAGGUCUUGUACUGAAUCUUGGUGGCUCAUGAAUGCAUCUGCUUCUUGAAACAUGGUCUUAAGUAGUCUUUAAAUUUGGCUUCAAAGUCAUUUCAGCCAGGCCGUGGGAAACCUGUAUCCCAACGUGUCUAGCACAGUCCGUUUCCACAGCACCCUUUGGCCUACAACUGGUCACUGAGCUUCCCACCAAGUGUCAGAGUGAAAUGAAAAACUCUGUAGACCACAAAAGAUUUAAAAGUACUGUGGUUAGCUUACAACUUACUGCUGAAAUUUUCCAAAAGUGAAAGUUCAUUACAAGAAUUACACAGCUGGAGCCAGGGUGUGAUGCAGCAGGUUAAGCUGCCACCUGCGAUGCUCAUCCAUCCAUAGUGGAGCACUCUUUAAUGCCCCAGCUGAUCCACCUCCCUGCUGAUGUACCUUGGAAGGCAGCAAAGGAUGGCUUAAGUACUUGGGCCCCUGCCACUCACCUGGGAUACCUGGAUGGAGUUCCAGGCUCUUGACUUCAGCCUGGCCCAGACCUGACUGCUGUGGACAUUUGGGGAGUGAACCAAUGGUUGGAAGAUUUCUCUCUGUCACUCUGCCUUUCAAAUAAAAUAAAUAUUGAAAAGAAUAAUGCAACUGACAAGAAAAUUCUAUGGCUUCUGUGGCUUGCAAAACUCUAAGUCCAGAGGGUUUCACUAGUGAAUUUACCAACCAUGUGAAGAAUUGAUACCAAUCCUUCACAAAUUUGCCAAAAAUAGGAGAGGAGGCUACACUUGAUAGCCAUUAUAUAAGACCAUUAUUACUAGUAAAACAAGACAAAGACAUCACAAAAAAAGAAAGAAAAGAAAGACUGCAUUGGCCGGCACCGUGGCUUAACAGGCUAAUCCUCCGCCUUGCGGCACCGGCACACCGGGUUCUAG